GUCCGCUAAAGUUCAGCUUAUUUAGCACACCAGAUUUUUUACUUUAAAAAAAUAAAAAUUAAAAAAAAUUGGAAAACUAUUCGGCGAGAAGCUUCGAGCUGUGAAAAAGGAGCCUCCCUUGCAGUAAUAAAUGAUCGAGAUUUUUUUGUGUGCUUGAAGAGAGAGAGAGAGAGAGAGAGAGAGAGAGAGGUUGAGGUUCCGAUCUGGGUUUUUGAUUGGAGGGUCCGAUUGAGAUUUGGAUCGGGUCGGAGUGAGAGAGAGAUGAACGGAGUUGGGAGGCAAGGGCAAAGAUCUGGUGCGGCGGGGGUGCACCACCAGCGGCAAUACUCUGAUAACUUCUUGGAGACUUCGUCCAAUGGGAGGUGGCUUCAGUCUGCUGGUCUUCAACACCUUCAGUCUUCUUCCAACUCAUCUGGUCCUCCUCCUCAGCAGGACUAUGGUUUCUAUGGUGGAGGUGGAGGAGGACCGCCUUCUAGAGUGUACCGGAAUGCGCAGAGAGGGUACAAUGAGUUUUAUGCGGAGGCUCCGUCGACACCUCCCUUCAAUUCCCGGAGGAAGAGCGACGAGGAGUCGCCCAAUGAAUUCAGUCCUGGACUCUUGGAUCUGCAUUCCUUUGAUACUGAGCUCAUUCCUGAUCUGCCAGUCUCUGGGUUGUACGAUGGUGCUUCUCUAUAUUAUCCUUCACGGGGAAGAAGCUUUGAUGAUUCUGAACCCUACAUUUCAAAUAACAAACAAAUAGAAAGGGCUCGGGUACCAGAAAACAACCUCCAGAAAAGUUUUGCUGCAGACAAAGAGAAAGCUAGUUCUGUAGCAAAGAUCAAAGUUGUGGUACGCAAGAGACCACUUAAUAAAAAGGAGUUAGCUAAGAAUGAGGAAGAUAUCAUAGAUACACUCUCAAACUCUGUCACAGUUCAUGAGACAAAGCUCAAGGUUGACCUAACAGAAUACAUGGAAAAGCAUGAAUUCGUGUUUGAUGCAGUGUUGAAUGAGGAAGUGUCCAAUGAUGAAGUUUAUCAUGAGACUGUGGAGCCCAUAGUUCCAAUAAUUUUCCAACGCACAAAGGCGACCUGUUUUGCAUAUGGACAAACUGGGAGUGGAAAAACUUAUACGAUGAAACCAUUGCCUCUUAAGGCAUCCCGAGACAUCUUGAGGUUGAUGCACCAUACUUAUCGGAGCCAGGGAUUUCAGCUGUUUGUGAGCUUCUUCGAAAUAUAUGGGGGGAAACUUUUUGAUCUCCUCAGUGAUCGAAAAAAGCUUUGCAUGAGAGAAGAUGGUAAACAACAGGUUUGUAUCGUGGGUUUGCAAGAAUAUAGAGUGUCAGAUGUGGAGACCAUUAAGGAGCUCAUUGAGAGAGGAAGUGCCACAAGAAGUACUGGUACAACUGGUGCAAAUGAAGAAUCAUCUCGUUCACAUGCAAUACUUCAGCUUGCUAUAAAGAGGUCAGUUGAUGGCAAUGAAAAGAAACCUCCUCGUCUUGUUGGAAAGCUGUCCUUUAUAGAUCUUGCUGGAAGUGAACGGGGUGCAGAUACUACAGAUAAUGAUAAACAGACAAGAAUGGAAGGGGCUGAGAUUAAUAAGAGCUUACUGGCAUUAAAGGAAUGCAUUAGAGCUCUUGACAAUGACCAGGGUCAUAUUCCUUUCCGAGGAAGUAAACUAACGGAAGUUCUUAGGGAUUCAUUUGUUGGUGACUCCCGUACUGUGAUGAUAUCGUGCAUAUCACCAAGCUCAGGAUCCUGUGAACAUACUCUCAAUACUUUAAGAUACGCUGACAGGGUCAAAAGCCUUUCGAAAGGGAACAACCCUAAGAAGGAUAUGUUACCUUCAACACUAAACCUCAAGGAAUCAACAAAUAUACCUCUAUCUUCAGCUUUGCCCACUGCUUCUGCCUACGAAGUUGACACAAAUGAUACAUGGACUGAACAAAUUGAAAAGGAGGAAUUUGAUGCAUCAGAAGAGUCUUAUUAUGAGGCCAAAACAUCAUGGAAGAGAAAUGGGAAGCUAGAGCAGUACAAUGUAUCAGCUACAGAGGACAAAGUACGUAAGCCCAAUGGUCAGACAAAAUCAGAACUGCCAAAGUUUCAUUCAAGGAACUCAAACUCAGAUGACGAUUUGAAUGCCCUGUUACAGGAGGAGGAAGAUCUUGUAAGUGCUCACCGGAAACAAGUUGAGGACACUAUGAAUAUUGUGAAAGAGGAGAUGAAUCUCUUGGUAGAAGCAGAUCAACCUGGGAAUCAGCUGGACGAUUAUGUUUCUAGACUGAAUGCCAUUCUAUCUCAGAAGGCUGCAGGCAUCCUGCAAUUACAAAAUCGUUUAGCUCAUUUCCAGAAGCGUUUAAAGGAACACAAUGUCUUAGUAUCCUCUUCGGGUUACUGAUUUCGUGCGGAACUGCAGACUAUAGUUAGAACACGUGCUGCUGCUCAACAAAGUAUGAUUGCAAAAGGGUGUUCGAAAUAGCAUUAUGGAUUGGUUAAUUCUUCAUGUAAUCUUUGAUAAACUCUACCAGCCCUCAGGGGACUUGGAGUUUUCCUUGGAUUUACCGUCCAAUUUUCCUUUAAAUAUAUACCAUUUUUACAGCAAUUCGAUAUCUUUUUAUUUACCAGCCAUUGCAUGGAUUCCCAUUUACAUGCCACAUGAGCAUGCUUCUGUAAAGUUCUGGAUUGUGCUGUAAUUUCAUUACAUUUUUUAGUUGUUGGAGACUGUUUAGUCGUUGUA